AUGAUGGUUGUUGUUAUAAUUUUCCUUGCUCUUCUGUUAAAGAAGCACGCCUUGACUGCUGCUGCUGGUGGAUUGACGUUUGAUAUCGUCAAUCUUGGAGCCAAGCCGGAUGGUAAGACCGAUGCCUCUCAUGCGUUGCAGUCUGCAUGGGCUCGUGCAUGCUCCUCUACAGUUGCGUCUACCGUUUAUGUGCCCAAAGGAAGAUUCUACGUUCAAAGUGGUAACUUUAUUGGACCUUGUAACUAUAAUUCUAUCACCUUUCUCAUCAACGGCACACUUGUGGCUUCUUCGAAUUUUAAGGUUCUGGCCAAAUCAAGAACCUGGAUUUCUUUCUCACGUAUAAAUGCACUUUCCAUUUAUGGUGGCAUUCUUGAUGGCCAAGGAACUACCUUGUGGGCUUGCAAAAACUCAGGGAUCAACACUUGCUCUCUUGGCGCAACAACGUUGGAAGUUUCAGAUUCACAGAAUAUAUUGAUCAAUGGAUUAUCUUCAGUUAACAGCCAAAUGUAUCACAUUGUUGUGUAUGACUGUCAAGACGUGAAGAUUCAAGGAGUGAAAGUCUUAGCUGCCAGCAAUAGCCCCAACACUGAUGGCAUUCAUGUGGAGAGAUCAUCAAAUGUUACCAUUCUCAAUUCAAACAUUCGCACCGGGGACGACUGCAUCUCAAUUGGCCCUGGGACUUCCCAUUUAUGGAUGGAAAGACUUGCAUGUGGACCUGGACAUGGAAUCAGCAUUGGGAGUUUGGGGAAAUGGUGGGAAGAGGCUGGAGUGGAAAAUGUGACAUUAAAAACAGCUCAUUUCAACGGAACAAUGAAUGGAGUGAGGAUUAAAUCUUGGGGAAGGCCCAGCAAUGGGUUUGCAAAGAACAUUCUUUUUCAACACAUUGUUUUUGACAAUGUCAACAACCCUCUCAUCAUUGAUCAAAAUUACUGCCCACAUAACCAAGGCUGCCCCGGUCAGGCUUCUGGAGUAAAGAUUAGUAAUGUAAGAUAUGAAGACAUCCAUGGAACGUCAGCUACUGAAGUAGGUAUAAACUUUGAGUGUAGCCCUGCAAGGCCAUGCAACGAAAUAAGAUUGAAAGAUGUAAAGUUGAUAUUCAAGGAUCAAAUUGCCCAAGCAUCGUGUGAAUAUGCAACAGGAACUACCUUGGGUCUAGUUCAACCUUCUAAUUGCUUAGUAUAG